AUGCGAUUGGCCUUGUUGGUGGCGGCGCUGGGAACGGCGAUCCACGCAGAGAUUUGGACAGAGGCCGAUGAGUCGCGGCGGAUCGCGCAGGUAAUAAAUUUUGGUUUCAUCGACGUCAACGAAUCUUACCUCGACUUUCAUAAAUUGCCCAUUUCUUUCGAUAUUAUCCACGAUGAUUUUGCGCUUUUCUGUAAUUCCCAACGCGUAUUUUACGUUUUCCUCCCAUCAGUCACCCUCUCCACCCCCUAUUUUUGAUUCAAUUGUCAAUCCCAUCCGUUUUUCGGGUAAUUUAUGCGUUUUUUCCUUGUGAAUCGCUCCCCGAAUCCGCAGACAAUAGAAUCAAACGUUUAACCUUCACUUUCGGGCUGAUUACACCUGAACGCGAGGCUUUAGACCGCUUUAAACUGGGGUGCACCGAAUGAGUUUGGGCUAAUCCUAUUCGAUUCUACAAAAAAGUAAAAAAUGUUUGUGAGGAGACUACUCAAAAAUCAAUCGUUUUACGGUUGAAUGGCCCUUGAAAAGUUCUUUUACAGAAUGUCUUGAAAAACCCCCGAACAAUAAACUCAUAAUUGCGCAAUCAAUUACAUAAGAUUAAGAAGAAGUUUGACCAAAAAAUCAGAAGAUAAUCAUGAAUAAUAUAAAUAAAAGUGAACUUUCAGCUGAAACAAGAGGAAAGUCGAGUAUUUGAGAUGCAGAUGAGAGGUCAGAACCCUUUUGCUGGUAACCCUAGUAAUAUCUACAGUAAUGGCCAUGUGGGAUACACCCCUCAUUAUGGUUAUGAUCCUUAUGUUGGUCCAAUGAAUUAUGAACGGAAGGGUAAGAAAAACUUUCAACAUUACCAGAAAAAGUUUAUUAGGGAGACUUACAGAAACAACGCAGGGUUAAAGUAA